AUGGAAAACGUGGAAACUUUAUCAUAUGAAACAAGCAACUCAUUUUGGACAAAUAAGUUUCUGUCCAUGAUGUUUAUUGUUUGCAAAUUGUUCUCCAUCAUCCUGUUUCUUUUCCUUCUUUCAAGACGAAAUAAAAGCACUCUUGGUUUUCUAGCUUACAUUUCUGCAUUAGCAAUUGAUUUCUUAAACACAAAAAAUGUUGGUGGACCUCAAUUAAUCGGAUUAGGAUGGUAUAUCGAAACAGAUUUUGAAUCUGGAUCACUUAUUCAAUCUCUAUCAAAACCUCCACCAUUCGUCCCAAAUCCUACAGAUUCCAAUUUGUUUUGGCUUGUUUCCAUUCUUUCUUUUGCAAUUUGGAUAGUUAAUGCUCUUUUAGCUGUUGGACUCGGAUCAUUUUUCCAUUUCUUCCUUGCAGUAAUUGGUAUAAUAACUGAUGCAUUGAAUUUAUUCUUAUUCAUUCACGCACAUAAUUUAUUACGAGUCGAGAAUAUGAAAUUAGUCAGAUCUGCGCUUGAAUCUGAGUUAGAACCACUAAACUUAGCAGAUCAUAAUAAAAAUCCAAAUCAAAAGCAAGAAAAAUAA